CGUUCACUCCUCGCCCGUUAGAGUGCGGCGACUUGUGCAAAGACCCCGCAGGACCGCUUACUGUUGCACAUUAUUCAUCUAAACACGGGCAAACUGCGCAACAACUGAAAGAUGUGGAAGUCAGUGGUGGGCCAUAAUGUGAGCAUGAAGGUGGCUGGAGAGGGGGAUGACUGGGAGACGGACCCUGACUUUGAGAAUGAUGUGUCAGAGCAGGAGCAGAGGUGGGGGGCCAAAACCAUCGAGGGCUCAGGACGUAAAGAACACAUCAGUGUUGCAGAGCUCAGAAGCAAGGUCACUGAGGAGCAUGAGAAGGUGAAGCAGAAGGAGAACAUUCCCAAAGCAUCGUACGGAUAUGGAGGGAAGUUUGGAGUGGAGAAAGAUCGAAUGGACAAGGUGGCUCUGGGUAGCGACUAUGUAGCAGAGGUGGAGAAGCACUCUUCCCAGAAAGAUGCAGCGAAAGGGUUCGGAGGGAAAUAUGGUGUUCAGAAGGACCGCGUGGAUAAGGUGGCUCUGGGUAGCGACUAUGUAGCAGAGGUGGAGAAGCACUCUUCCCAGAAAGAUGCAGCGAAAGGGUUCGGAGGGAAAUAUGGUGUUCAGAAGGACCGCGUGGAUAAGUCUGCCGUCGGCUUUGAAUACAAAGGAGAAGUGCAGCAGCAUGGAUCUCAGAAAGAUUACUCAAAGGGAUUUGGAGGAAAGUAUGGUGUCGAGAAAGACAAAGUGGACAAGGCGGCUUUGGGGUACGACUACAAGAGUCAAACUGAGAAGCAUCAGUCACAGAAAGACUACGCUAAGGGAUUUGGAGGGAAAUACGGGGUGGAGAAGGAGAAGGUAGACAAAGCUGCCAUGGGGUAUGACUAUAAAGGAGAAACAGAGAAGCAUCAGUCGCAGAAAGAUUACUCAAAGGGAUUUGGAGGAAAAUUUGGUGUUGAGAAGGAGAAAGUCGACAAAGCUGCGUUGGGGUACGAUUACAAAGCUGAGACGGAGAAACAUCAGUCACAAAAAGAUUAUUCAGCAGGUUUCGGUGGCCGGUAUGGCGUACAGGCAGACCGCAUGGAUAAGAGUGCAGCAGGUUUCACAGACAUGGACUCCCCGACCUCUGCAUAUAAAAAGACACAGCCAGUAGAGGCUUCGAGUGCAGGUGCAGGGAAACUGAAAGCACGCUUUGAGAAUAUGGCCAAGGCUUCCGAUGAGGAGAACAGGAAGAAAGCAGAAGAAGAGAGAGCGAGGAGGCAAGCCAGAGAGAGCCGAGAGCGAGAGGAGGCCAAACGCAGACAGCAGCAGGAGGAAGAAAGAAGAAGAGAGGAGGAAUCUCAAGUACCACCAGUUCAUCAUGUUGAUCCAGAGGACGAUAUGCCAACACCAGAAAUCCACCGUCGCACUCCAGAGAUUCAGAAAGAGCUGGAGCUGGAGCCAGAGCCGGAGCCAGAGCCGGAGCCAGAGCCGGAGCCAGAGCCAGAGCCAGAGCCGGAGCUGGAGCCAGAGCCGGUGGAGGAACCAGAAUACGAGGAGCCCCCGGCCUUGCCACCACGCUCGGACGAUUUUGAGGAAGCGGGCGGCCCUCCUCUGCCGGAAAGGUCAAUAGAUGUGGAUGAUGAUGAUGGAGAGUAUGAAGACAUCGGUCAUCCCCCUCCUCCUCCUCCUCAGCGUAAAGCUGACGAUAACGACUAUGAAGACCUGACAUGUGGCCAGAAAGCAAUAGCGAUUUAUGACUAUGUGGGAGAGGCCGAUGACGAGAUCUCCUUCAAUCCAGACGACAUGAUCUACAACAUAGAGAUGAUUGACGAGGGCUGGUGGAAGGGACAGUGUCACGGACGUACCGGUCUGUUCCCGGCCGCUUACGUUCAGCUGAUCGAGUGAGCAACACGCUCCCAAAGUCUAUUUUUGCACAAGCUUCCCUUAAACAAACUUCAAUAUUGUUGAACAGGAGGAGGAAUUUGUAUUUAACAAUCAAAUCAGAGCAAAUUUUUAAAAUCAGUUGAUUUGUAUUGUAUUAUUUGAUAAUAUUUCGCUUUGAAUGUGCCGACUGAAAAAGCAUCAGGCCAAACCUGAUCAGAAGCAAACGUGUACACCUCUGCAAGGAACUGAUGGUAUAUGACCUUAUUCAUUUCUUUCACUGGAUUUUUAUUUUACCAAUGUAAUCACAGUUAUGACCAGAAAUGGCUCUGCUAUUCUAAUAAAAGCCUCCUGGCAA